AUUACAAGGGCACUUGCGCGGAAUGUAUCGUCAGUAGUGUACACAAGUUCAUUGCUCUGUGUCCACCUUUUGGUUUCAUUCUGAGAUCUCUUCUACAGGAUUGAAAGACACCUUCUUACUGAUCCUGACAUAUUCUGAACAGUGCUGAUUCUGCAGAUACCCCCGACAGCCAACAGGAUGUUUAAAUACCCUUCACCAUGGCAGGUGCUAUGCAGCAGUUUAGAGAGACGAGAUCAGGUGCCAGAGAAUGGAGAAGAUGGAAGUCCUACUUUUUCCAAUUUAGAGAACGCAGAGAACACAGUUGAGGAGUAUGUCACAGCAUUUCAUAUAGAAGGUUUAAGCACUAUCCCACAUGGUGAAUUGGAGGCAACAGCAAAAAGCAUUCCUGCACUGCAAGAAACAAAUAUAAAUGCACAGAGUGAUGAAGCAUAUGUUCCUAAAGAACAAGAAGCAAACUUAACUGACUCACAGUCCACCAUUACUGAAUCAACCAUGGAUAGAGUGACUAGAAGACUAUACUCUACCUUUUCAUCUUCUCAGAGUAUCAAUGGUUCUCAGCAAGAUCUGGCUAAUCUUUCUGAGGAAACCCAAGCAACAGAGAAUGUUGACAAAAAGAAGGAUGUGUGGGUUUCUCCACCUGAUCGUCGUCUGAAAGUUUUAAGGGAGGAGGAACGUUUCGAAAUACGGUCGCAUCUUCCUGAAAUGAGUCCCACAAAGUUAUUUGUAGACAAUGAUAGUGAUGAUGGUAAUGAUUAUAACGUCAGACCCCAAUCCCGUGAGCUUACCCCAGAAAAGGUUCUGGAACUUGAGAAAAAGCGCAAAGACAUUAUUAAAAAACAAGGUCAACGAAAAAGUUUAGACACCGAAGAUGCGAUCAGUAUAAGUGGCCAAAAUGUCUCAAACUGGGAACUCCCUGGAGGAGAAGAUGGGCAGAACAAACUUAAUAUAAACACAGAUCAGAUACAUUUUGAAUCUGCAAGACAGCAAUUUAUAAAGUUGGAGAAGGAGAGGAAUAGUCUUCCAAUAAUGCCUCGCCCUCAACCAAGGCGAUCUGGUAAAUCCAAGGUAAAUACACGCUCUCUAAGUGAAAGUUAUCAGAUAAAGGAGUACGAAGAUUGGGAAGGCAAACCACUUAAAGAUGAAUGUACCGUAACCCAAGAAACUCCUGGAAAAGAUAUGAACUCAAACCUUCUUCGUAAACAGUUCUUCAAAUCUUUCUCUUUGGAUAUAGUGGAUAAUGGAGAACAAGAAAAGUCAGCAGAGGAGAUUGAAGAACAAAGGGAAAGCAUUCCCAACCCUGGCGAUGAAACACCUAUAGAAAAAGAAAUUCGUCUAGCAUUACAAAGAGAGGAAAGUUUAAGGAAAGAGAGAGGAAUCCAAAGUGUAGGGGAAACUAAGGAGAUUAUAGAAUUUUCCAAAAAUCCAGUGCUUGCUAACUCGCCGGAUAUUCCACAUUCUAAAAACAUGAAAAACAGGCCUCGCACUUCUUUAUUCAUGCAAAGAGAGAUUGAAAAAGAGGUGCAGAGAGAGGCUGAUCUAAAGAGUGAAGGCCGAGUGGCAGGACUAUAUGAUAAAGGUGAUUCCCAGGAACUAGAUGAGCGCAGAAAGUUUUUUGAGCAGCCAGAUGAAGUACCUGUUCUGCCGCUGCAAGGGAGUAGCUCUAGAACGGUAACAAAAACAGAUGGCAACAUAGAAGCGGAUAUAUCACAAGCAGAUUUGGUUACUGAUAAUGGCACAAAGAACUGGACAUAUUUAGAUUCUUCUCAACCCUACAGUGUAAGGAUGAAGUGGAAGCCAACACCGUUUACUGCCUACAGAAACAGAAGGCUCAGUUCAGAUAAUAUUUUAGAUAUAAAGACACCUCUAGAAAAAUCUUCAGAAAAUAAAUCUUCAGAGGAAACCUUUGUAUUGCGCAAAGAGAAUUUCCAUAUUCAGCCUUUAAAAUUUGGCCUAAAUGUUCAAGAAAGUGAAGGAAAAGUUGAAACAGACAGUAAGAUAGGCCUUAGGGAGAAGUACACUAGGCUAAGGCCUUCACUUUCCAACAUCAUUGAGCAAGAAAUUCAGCAAACAUUAGAAAGAGAUCGAGAGCUUCAAGAAGAGAGAAGGAAAGUUGGACUUCCUCCAUUAUCCCUACAGGAAGAUAGUGAACUUACCCCACACAAUGGAUGCGACAUACAAGGAACUUCAUCAUUAACCUCAAAUGCGUCAAACACUUUAUCUUCCGCACCCUGGCAAGGUACUCUGGGAAAUAAAUUUUCAUCUAAUGAUAGCACCACUGUGCAGAUAUUUAAACCCCAUGAAUACUCCAAGUUUGAAGUUUCUGACUCAGAUGGAGACAGGCUUAAGAGACAUGAAAAUCGGUAUGCUGGCAUUGAUCAAAGUGAUGCUGUCAACACAGAGAUUGUGGAAUCUACCCGUGUAAAUCGACACAAAAAUACCAUGGCGCUACGCUGGGAAGCUGGUCUAUAUGCCAAUGAACAAAGCGAUUAGAUCUAUGUCGUCUUCUGUUUCCUGUUCAGCGAAUGUCUAUGAUUUCAUGGGAGUUGACUAUUUUAACAAUCUACUGACCAGCAGGCUGAUGUAUUGCUAAAUUGUGGUCCAGUGAAGAGAACCCCUGGAAGCUUUUACUGUUCAGUUCAUUUUACUAGAAUUUAAAUGAGCAACAGAAAAAGAAUAACAAGUACAUUCAAUUGCCAAACAAGUUGUGUGCAGAAAGUGUAUACAGGACUAGAGGUACCAUUUGGAAAGGGGCCCCGGAAGCAUUUUAUUUUUUGUUAUUAUGUGAUAGAAUUCAUUGUUUCUUUUUUUUUUGUAAUGCUACAUGAGGGGCCAGAAUAUGGAGCUAAAGGGGUUGUCCAAUGAAAAAUAACUUAUCCCUUAUCCACAAAAUAGGGGAUAACUGUUUGAUCACUGGGACCCCAUGUGAUCUCCAGAACAGGGCCCUGGCUUUCAGAUAGUCGUCUGCAGCAUGCGCUUGAUUCAUUUUAAUGAGAGCAAUGGAAAUACCAGAGUACUGUACUGUACUCGGGCAUCUUCGGCACUCCCAUACAAAUGAAGCCCUGUUCUAAAGAUCGCUGGGGGUCCCGUCGCAAUCAAAUACCUAUCCCUUAUCCUUUGGAUAGAGGAUGAGAAUUUUUUUUGCUGGACAACCACUAUAAGGUACCCAUAUAUGUAAGAGCAAAGUUGACUGAACCCAGUGAUUUUAGCAGUACUGUUUACUUAUCUUAUGUAUAUAGGGUAGGCCAGUUCUCCCCCAACAGCAGAUACCAGGGAAAAAAGGAGCAGGUAGUAUAGAGUUCCCACAGGUGAUGACCCGCCUGCAGAGGUGUGUGACAGAAGCUCAUUCUUCUCUUCCCAAUGAGAAUACAUUUAUGCUUAGCCAAGGAAAGGAUUCAUUGAUAGAGGGUCAGAAGGAAUAUCUGCCAGAGAAAGUUAGGAUUCAGAACAUUAAGGACCUUCUAUGGAUAUUAAUAAGGAUAAAAAUCUGAGUAUUAGGUCCGUACUGGAAGCAAACAUGAAUGUGUUUGUGUAAAUGAGGCAUUCAGAGGUAUUCCAACGAAAACGAACUUAUCCCCUAUACACAGGAUAGGGAAUAAGUAGCUGAUCGCAGGGGGACCGACUUCUGGGGCCCCCGCGCAAUCUCUAGGACAGGACCCCGACACCCUCACUGACGAGCGCAUGUUGUCUACCGAUAGAUGGCACGCGAUGCAUUAAUUUCUAUGGGAGCGCUGAUGAUGCCCGAGAGCCCGAGAGCUGUACUCGGGUCUUUUUGGGCGCAGCACAUGCUCCUUACUAAGCACCUGAUCCUGUCCCGGUGAUCAUGGGGGACCCUCAGCGGUUGGACCCCCGCAAUCAGCUAGUUAUCAAAUAUCCUGUGGAUAGGGGAUGUUAGUUUUUGUUGAAGAUCUCCUUUAAAGCGUUACGGUAAUCAAACAGGAAGAAUAAUGCAGUCUGUGUCUUGCUGAUAAAACUACUGGAACCCAGACAGAAACCUUCCAGGACCUUACUAUAAGUCAAUGGGUACCACCAGGAUUCACCUGGAACUGGCAUGGCUCUUCUAUAAACUAGUUUUAACUUCAUCUUAAAUAAAAGUAGACUAAAAGACUCAUAUAUUUGUUCAUAUUACAUGAACAAACUACAGUUUUAAACUCUACAAGUUUCAGUUUUUGCUUAGCUGGGACUGCCAUAAUCUGUUGUAAAGAAGGCAGUACUUUCUGUCAUAUAUAUAAUGUGUUGAAAGCAAAGAAAGUGCUUUAGUAAAAGUCAUAGGUGGAUCUGGUUUUCUAUGUUAAAUGUGAUAAUAAACAAGUUAAAGGAAACCUAUCAGCAUUUGUUACCCCCUGUAACCACUGGCGACCUGUUUAACAACCCAAGAUAAGAUUCUCUAUAUCUUUUCCUAUAUCUUCACGUGCCGGGGGGUCGAUGCUGGCAAAGUUAAGAUAAUACACUUUAUAAAUUUUUCUACGUUGUAUGAAAACCCCAAGAAAGUAGUCCCAGAGAAAUAGUCCCAGCACCCCUGGCUGUACUCAUGCCCCUUUAGCACCUAAUCCUGCAUACUGAAUCGUGAGUGACAUCCUGGGGACGGGCAACGUGUCAUCUCCUCUUCAAGUCUCGUCAGUGAUGUCAAUGUACAGAUCGCUGAGGGACACUGUGCACCUGUGCUUGGGCUGGCAUUCAGUCCUCAGUAGGCAUGACUUGGGGCCGAAGAGGCGCGAGUACAGCCUGGGGCAUGGCGACUAGUUCUGAAUCCAUCACCGCUCCUGGGACUACUUGCUUGUAACUUCCACAAAGCGCGGGAGACUUAAUGUGUGAUAAAAUGUGUUUUCUUAACUUUGCCAGCAUUUGGCCAGCACAUGAAGAUGUGUUUGAGAAACUAAUUUUAGUCUGUAAAACAGGUUGCCAGUGGUUACAGGAAGUAAAAAAAAUGCUGACAAGUUCCCUUUAAGGACUAAAAAAGAUAAUUACAUAGCGUGUGCUGCUUGUAGCAAGUUAGUUGAGGCAGUAGUAUAAGAUAGUGGCUUGGCAUGUGAAGUCAACAUUAAUGGAAAUAUGGCAGUGUCCCAAAGCAAUUUCUGAAUCAGUAUGGCACUGUUCACAUCUGCAUUGUCUCUUCCAUUUUUCUGUUCUUUCUCCAUUGACUUAGAGUAGGCUCAGUCUUCUUUCGUGGUGUCCAUCAUUUCAAUGGGAAGAACUACGCUGCAUGCUGUGCUAUUCUUCCCAUCAAAAGGGAUUGAUGAUCCUCCAAUGCAGAUGUCAACAGAAGUUAACCCUUCCUCAGUCCAGUAUCUGCAACAACAGUAAGAGAAGCAUUUGUGAAUCACAGUGAAAUACUAGAGUAGAAACUGAUUUUAGAACGACAUUAAGGGGGAUCAUUGGGAGCCUGUUUAUAUGGUCAUGUAAAAUAAUUAUACCCUAUGUGUACAUAUGAACUAACAAACUAUACAGAGCAAUCCACUCUAAGGGUAAAUUCUCACACCUUAAAAUGUUGUGACAUUUUAUUUUACGUGCACAUUCUUCAUCUGUUAUUGGCAAAAAAAAAAGGUCGUUUUUUUGUAGCAAUUUUUUAAAAUAAAUAAAUGUUACAAAAUUUUAGAGUGUGAACGAAGCCUAAGAGAGAUAACAGCCCAGAUUUAUCAUUCUGACUGGAAAAAAAUGUCUGGAUUUGCUCAUAACCAUUCUAUAACUGCUCUGGUAAGAUCUCAGACACAAUGAUAAAUCUGGGCCAAUAUGUUAAUAAUGUACAGUUUAAAUAGCAUUUAUAAUACCCAGAUAAUAUUAUAUAAUGUAAUCAGAUUUAUGAAAUUGUAGAUGACAGUGUGUAAAGCAUUCCAAUCUGCUUAUACUUUAGGGCCAUUCAUUUGCAUUACUCUUAACAUUUGCAUCUCUGUCGAUCGUAUCAUUUCUCUGAGAAGGUAAUAAAUGUGCUUGGAAAAGGGAAGAUGUAAAAAAGGGUUGUGUAAGAUUUACCAAAACUAGCGCAAAAGUAGAAGUGGGGAAAAUCCAGUCAGGUUGGAGAAGUCUGAAAAUUGUGAGGUGGAAUCUAAUAGGCUGCAAUUCCUUGAAAAUUGAAAGAAUGUUUUCCAUUGACACAUAUUUUUUAAUAUGCAUAUAGGUAAUUCUAUAGAGCAUGUUUAAAGGAGAUCUCUGUUGAAAAUUAACUUAUCCCCCAUCCACAGAAUAGAGCAUAAGUAGCUGAUCGUAGGGGAUCUGACCACUGGGGCUCCCCGCGAUCACCGGGGUGGGACUUGGCGCUCAGUGAGGAGCAUGUGCUACAGCCGGCAGAAAAGACUCGAGUACAGCUCUUGGGCAUCAUCACUGCUUCCUUAGAAAUGAAUGGAGCACAUGCCAUCUACCGUUAGAGGACACUCCUCAUUGAGAGCAUCGGCGUCCUGUCCUGGAGAUCGCGUGGGGUCCCUGUGGUCGGACACCCCCCCCCCCCCGACAAUCAGCUACUUAACCUCUAUACUGUGGAUAGGAGAGAAGUUAAUUUUCGCCAGAGUACUUCUUUAUUAAGCUACUUUAGCUCACAGCUUUUCUUCUGUGGGUGUGGUGAUUUUGAUUUUGUUUUUAUUUUUUGCAUUUGUUAUUCUUAGUGAUUUGAGUUGGUAAAGCUGUUAACUAUAUUCAGGUUUGGGCUGCAACUAAAACCUAAUAUGUGUGAACAUGGCCUUAAAGGGAAUGUGUCAUCAGAAAAUUACCUAUUGUUUAAAUCAAGUUUUAUCUUAACCAUAAUUUUCAAGUGGUGAUUUUUUUAAAUCUAUUUUUCCAUUUUACGGUCUAUAUUUUUAAAUAAUCCUGAAAUCUUGCUUUUUUUUUUUUUUUAUUCUGGCUACUAGGCCUAAAACUAAGUUGAUACCUCCUGUUCUGUACAAAUCACUUCCCAGCUGUGCAAUUCUUAUAACCACAAACAGGAGUAUAGUGAAAGGUGACACCAGUAUAUAGAUUACAGAGGUACACACAAUAGCUGUUGCUUACAGGUCAGCCUCCCUCUACCUGUAUUAAGACCUCAAAAAUGUCCAGCAAAUACGACAAGACACCUUUCCCAUUAAUGCGAAAAAAUUCUAGGGGAUUCCCUUUAAAGGGGUACUCAGUUAAACAGGUUAAACAGAUUUGUAAAUUUAAAAAUCUGAAUCCUUCCAGUACUUAUCAGCAGAGGAAGUUGUUUAGUUAUUUUCAGUCUGACCACAGUGCUCUCUGCUGACACCUCUGCCCAUGUCAGGAACUGUCUAGAGUAGGAGCAAAUCCCCAUAGCAAACCUCUCCUGCUCUGGACAGUUCCUGACAGAGAUGGCAGGAGAGAGCACUGUGGUCAGACAGAAAAUAACUACGCAACUUCCUCUGGAGCAUACAACAGCUGAUAAGUUCUGAAAGGAUUAGGAUUUUUAAAUAGAAGAAAUUUACAAAUCUGUGUAACUUUCUGGCACCAGUUGAUUAGAGAAAAAAUGUGUUUUCCACCAGAUUACCUCUUUAAACCUCAUGCACAUGGCCAAAUUAUGGGGCUGCAUUGUAUGGAAAUCUAUCAGCAUAUGCCUUAUAUUUGUUUGACUACUAUUUCAUACAGAUACCCACAGAGGGUUUGAACAUGUGAGAGCUCUAUUUGAUGUCUUAUUACAAAAUCACUGUUACUAGGGGAAAAUAUAGUAUAUAGAGAAUAUAUAUGGAAAUCCCAUGUAAAUUCACACAGAAUGGCCAUAGAUCUGCGACACAGAAUUACAGCGGCUUUCAGUGCUGCUGUACAGGCUCUGUGCACAAAACCUUGCUUUGUGUGUAAGGCCUUUUCUAAUUCAGGAUCCACUCCUAUAAUAAGUGCACUAAAAACGUCUCCCAAAGAAGGUCAUACUCAAGUAUUUAAAUAGUUUAUUUCCUCAAAUUAGAACCUUGUAAUGAUAUGCUGGUGUAAUAUGCCCAUUUAUAUCAAUGGCCUACUUAUUUGGUAAGCCCUGAUUCCUUACUUAUCUGCUACUGAAUAUAGUACACAUCUGCAUCUCUGUGACACUAAGAACAUCUUCACAAAUGCAUAACUAGUUAUAAGAGUAACGACUCUCAUACAUAAAAGCUCCUUUAAAAAAAAAGCACCAGUGUUGCCUAUUGUAAAUAAUCAAAUUCCUGAUUUUUUUUCAGUACAAAGUUAAAACAAAUAAAGAAGAAAUUAAUAUGUUUUAAGGACAGUUUUUCUGUACAUGUUCCAGUAACCAUAUGGCUCUGCCUCAUACAGAGCCUUUCAUAGAACAUUUGCUUACGGUACAUUAUUAUUUUAAGCAUGGUAGAAGAAUUUGCUCUCAAAAUGAAAUAUAAGAAACACAUCUAGAAAUGUAAAUAACAAAAAAAAAAGGACUUUUGAUUUUUGAUAUUUUUUUUUAUGAAGAAUGAUAAUUUAUGGUGACAUAAUUAAACUGAUUAACAACUGAUUCUGUUUGGAAGAAUAUAUGCUAUUUUAUUGGUAAAUUCAAGUUUAUUGCAAAGGUAAUACAAGAAAAUAAACAUCAUAAAUAAAAGUCCUGCAAAUUACAUAUUGCAAAAGAGCAUGAACAAAAUUAAGGCAUCAGAUUGGUUGCAGCCACUAAAAGGAGACUACAUGGUA